CAUCCUCACUUCACCUUCAAACUCUUCUUCCCUUUCUCUUUCUCUUUCUGUAAUUCUCUGUCUCUGCUCCCAGUAUAACCUUAAUUCAGAAUGGCAAUAUGGUUGGCCGGUAGAAAAGGCGCCGAUUAUUUCACCAAAACAUUGAUAUCCACCACUUUCAGAUCAUUACGAACUUCCUCUACUGUUAUUGCUUCCUUCGGUGAUUCCGAUGACAGCAGCACCGGGAAUUUCAGAAAGCCUUAUUCAUUCUUUCCGUGCGCCGAUUCAUCACCGGCGGCCGUUUUCAGAUCUCGCCGCUUUGAAUCAUCGCAAGCUGGGCCACAAUUGGAUUUCUUCUCUAGCGAUGAUGACGAUGAACAAAUUCAGGGUAGUAUGGAUUUCCCUGGUGGUAAAAUUGGGUUCACUUCUGAAAUGAGGUUUCUCCCGGAGUCAUCUGAGAAGCGAGUGGAAUGUUAUCGAGUUCUUGAUGAUAACGGCUAUGAGCUUUCAUCUCCCAAACAACAUAUGAAUAAGGAAGUUGCAAUGAAGAUGUAUAGUGGCAUGUUGACACUUGACAGUUUGGAUACGGUUUUGUAUGAAGCACAAAGGCAAGGAAGAAUAUCGUUUUAUGUUACUUCAUUUGGUGAAGAAGCUAUCAAUCUAGCAUCAGCAGCAGCACUUUCCUCCGAUGAUCUCAUUAUGCCACAGUAUCGAGAACCAGGAAUCUUGUGGUGGAGAGGUUUUACAUUGCAAGAAUUUGUGAAUCAAUGCUUUGGAAACAAGAAUGAUUAUGGGAAAGGAAGGCAAAUGCCGAUUCAUUACGGAUCCAAGAAGCACAAUUACUUCACUGUCUCAUCACCUUUAGCGACACAACUUCCUCAAGCUGUUGGUGCUGCAUACUCUCUAAAAACAGAGAAAAAAGAUGCAUGUGUUGUUGCCUUUUUUGGUGAUGGCAGUUCAAGUGAGGGAGAUUUCCAUGCAAGUUUAAACUUUGCGGCGGUUUUGGAAGCCCCGGUUGUUUUCAUUUGUCGCAACAAUGGAUGGGCUAUUAGCACUCCUACCACAGAUCAAUUUCGAAGUGAUGGCAUUGUUGUGAAGGGACACGGGUAUGGUAUCCGAAGUAUCAGAGUGGAUGGAAAUGAUGCUCUCGCGGUCUAUAAUGUAGUACGUGUGGCCCGUGAAAUGGCUGUCACUGAACAACGACCGAUACUAAUCGAGGCUAUGACUUAUAGAGUAGGGCACCACUCAACUUCUGAUGAUUCAACAAAGUAUCGGCCCGCAGAUGAAAUUGAACACUGGAAAACAUCGCGAAACCCGGUAUCCAUUUUUAGGAAAUGGGUUCAGAGAAAAGGUUGGUGGAGUGAUGAACAAGAAUCUGAAUUUCGAGCCAACAUUAGAAAGCAGGUGAUAAAUGCAAUUCAAGUAGCGGAAAAAACAGAGAAGCCAUCACUUGAAACAUGUUUACUGAUGUGUAUGAAGAGUUACCUUCAAGUCUAAAGGAUCAAGAGAGAUUGAUUAGAAAUACAAUAAAAAGACACCCACAAGACUAUCCAACAGAUGUACCUUUAUGACUUUGAUUAUUCAUUUAUUUGUAUUGUAUGUAAUUGUUAUGUAUCUGGUAAAGGUUUAUAGAGUGAGGAAAUAUAAUAAUGCAAUGUUCUCAUUAAUGUUUGCCAAG